CCAAAGUCCUGGAUCAUGUAUGAAGAUAUGAAUGCUUUAUAUUCAGGUGCAAUGACUCAAAAUAUGCCUACAGAGAUUUUAGGCAAGGUAAGUCCAGAAGAAAUUCCCAAUAUACAAAGCAUUACACCAGAUACAGAAAUAGGUUAUAUGUUAGAAGUUGAUUUAGAGGCCCCAGUGCAUUUACAUGACUUCUUUGCAGAUUAUUCUCUAACACUGGAAAAGCAAAUAGUACCAGAAAACUGGCUUAGCCUAUAUAACAAAAGAUUAGUAAAUGAUAAAGAAGUUGGAAAUGGAAAUAUGUGUUCAGAAAGAA